ACACAUUGUGUCUCACAACCUUCAAAGAGACUUGAACAGCUGUUGGCCUGUCCAUGUCAUAGUAACUGUCCAAUAAGAUUUGGUUUGGGUGUAAAUCCAAUUACUGUAGAUGAAUGAAAAUGUGAAUUAUGACCAAGAUCGGGGCUCAUUCUGACUGGGACCCUGUGAGAGCUGUGUCAGUCUGAGUCCAGCGCUACGUAACUUAACCUCUGAAAAAGGUCUGCAUGAGACCAGACUUUUUCUCCAGUGUGUGUUUUCUCUGGGCUUCCAAUUAACGAACCUGCAUGAUCCCCUCCCUUCAGGAACUGAAACUGCCAGUUGAAACCUGUGAAGCUCUGCUGAACUUCAUGCCCAAGAGAGUUAAGGCAGUGCUGAAAAAAGCAGUGAGAAAACCAGAAUUAUGACAUCAAGUUUAACAUCAUGUGGCAGCUUGAAAAAGGGGGCAGGGCUUCCUCUCCGUCUUUCUUUCUAUUUCAUUUCCUGAUAACUCACAAUGGUAAGAAGCUGUUUUUCUGUGCUUUCCUUUGCCGACAUUUAAUAUCAUUAUGAUUCAACUCUAAAUCGCUUUUUAUUUCAUAUAUUCUGUUUUAUAUAUAUAUAUAUAUACCUAUAUUUACUUAUAUUUUGUUUCUGUUUUUAGUGACAUGUAUAUAUGUUAUAAUGUCUUUCAUUUCUGAUGCAACAGGCUGGUAUGGAACAAGAGAAAAAAAGGUAAGUCCACUGAUUUACUCAACCCAAAGUUAUUGCUCUAUUCUGCUUUAAUAUGCCAAAAAUAAACAAAAUAAUUGAUUAUAUCAUUUUAGACGAAAAGAAGAUGAGGACACGGUUUUCAGAUCGAAUGCCAUCUUUAUUAUCGAGAUAAUGAUGGAACUGGACACAAUCCCAGAGACUAGAGUGUUGGUGGAUGAGAUUCUUCACAGCAUCUUCUUUUUGGGAAACUUAAGAGAUCCAACAUUCUCCCCACAAACAUUUCUGAGUGAUGACAUCCUUACUGAGCUGAAGGACCGUUACCCUCGGCCCUUUACCCACUAUUCCACUCAGCUGCCCAGACGAAGUCCAUUCUCAUGUGUGCUCGACAUGUUUGUUCACCUGUGUGGAAAAGAGGAAGAAGACAAAAUAAAAGACAGCCUGAGAGAGCUCUUCAAUGAAAUGGGCCAAACAUGUGAAAAAAGGCCUCUGUCCUCCUCCACCAUCUGUAUCUCUCAGACCUCUGAUCCAGGCCGGUACUACGGAGUCUCCAUGUCCACUUCUGGCCGUAAUCCUGGUCAAAUCAUGGUUGCAGCGUCCUGUCUUAAAAGCUGGCACAGUUAUGUAGCUGGUGCAGUGAUGACCUUUUAUCCAGACAUCCAGAAUGAUUUUGAUGGAACCAUCAAACUUCCAGAGCGUGUCAGGUGCCAGACGUUCAGCCUUAGUAAUGGGAGAGAAAUGCCUCCUUGUGGGGCAUGUGGGAAUUUGUUUGGUUUGGGAAGAGUUGAAGAUAAGAGCUGGGCCUAUGGUAACUGUGCUGAAGUUGAAAGUGUGAGCAACUUGAUUAAAAAUGUUGAAACGGUUAGAGAGGAAGCGCGACCAAAAUCUGAGAAGUGCACAGAAGAGAAGAGGGAGAUGGCUGAAGAGCGUGUUAAGAAAAAACUUAUAACAUUGCUGAAAUUGGUAGAAAAUACUAAACUUGCUAAACUUGCAAAGCAGCUGCAAUGUGGCAAAAUUAAAUUCACUGAUCUUUUCUAUGACCCAUAUAUUUCUGAAAGGAGAAGUGAUUGAAUAUUAAUAUUAAUAGAUAUUACCGUUAUGGUUCGUC